AUGGGUGGAGACUUCAGACAAAUACUUUCAGUUGUGAAGCGAGGUCGACCAGCAGAAGUUAUAGAAUCAUGUUUAAAAUGUUCUGAACAUUGGCAAUAUGUGCAAAGGUUCUCAUUAACUGUAAAUAUGAGGGUUCAGAUAGAAGAAGAGGAAUUUUCUCAAUGGCUUUUAAAGCUUGGAAGUGGAACAUUACCUGUCAAGCCUGAAGAUCCUUUGCGAGGGUGUAUUGAAAUACCUGAGCAGUGCUUUCUCAGUGAAAAUGAAUCUAUUGUGGAGAAGAUUUUCGGUGGUGCAGAAGAAGCUGAUUAUGCAAAACGUGCUAUUUUAACGCCAACAAAUGUUGAUUCAUUGGCAAUAAAUGAAGAAGUCCUUCAUCGUUUACCCGGUGAUGUGAAAACAUAUUUAAGUUCAGAUAGCAUUGAAACUGAUGAUCUUAAUGAAAUUAAUAACUUUCCAGUCGAGUUUUUAUAUAGUUUGACUCCAUCAGAUCUCAAAGGUGGACUUUGUAAUGGAACCCGUUUGAUGGUGCGUGCAUUACACAAAAAUUAUAUUGAUGGUGAGGUUUUAACAGGUGUGUCAGCUGGUAACAGGGUAUUUGUUCCUCGAGUUCAAUUAGCUCCAUCAGAUGCAAAUUUACCUUUUACACUUAAACGCCGUCAGUUUCCAGUUUGUGGUGUUACUUGGCAACGUGAAGUGCAAGAUUGUGAUUCUUGCUAG